AUGCCUCGCCAACGCGGCGGCCUCAAUCGACGGCCAUACCAGCUGAUGCUACUCGCCUUUGCAUCUCUGACCUCCAAAUCUCUCGCCCUGCCCUCAGCAACUCGCCUCGACCAGCAAGUUCUGCGCCCGAUCGAGCCCGAAUCCGAUGCGCUACCACUGCAGCAGCGGAAACUCAGCGGCCGGUUCCUGCAUAUCUCAGAUUUCCACCCUGACGAGCUCUAUCGCGUGCACACAUCCACCGAAGAAGGCAUCGCAUGCCACCGAGGAAAAGGAUUGGCUGGAUCGUAUGGAGCCGAAAAGACGGAUUGCGACACUCCCCUCUCGCUGGUAAACGCCACCUUUACCUGGAUCGAGGAGAAUAUCAAGGAUGACAUCGAUUUCGUCAUCUGGACGGGCGACUCGGCCAGGCACGACAGCGACGAGCAGAAUCCUCGACACGAGCCCGAGAUCCUGAGGACGAACCAUAUCAUCGCCGACAAGUUUGUCGAGACCUUCUCAUCUCCCGAGCACGGGCUCGAGAUCCCCAUUGUGCCUACCUUUGGCAACAAUGACUUCCUCCCCCACAACAUCAUGCUGCCGGGGCCCAACAAGUGGUUCGCAACCUACAGUGACAUUUGGCGCCGCUUCAUCCCCGAAGAGCAGCGCCAUUCCUUUGCGUUUGGCGGCUGGUUCUACGUCGAGGUCAUUCCCGACCAGCUGGCCGUCUUCAGCUUGAACACGAUGUACUUUUUCGAUCGCAAUGCCGGCGUGGAUGGCUGUGCCCACCCCUCGGAGCCCGGCUACAAGCACAUGGACUGGCUGCGCGUGCAGCUGCAGAUCCUGAGGGAACGAGGAGUCAAGGCCAUUCUCAUGGGCCACGUGCCACCCGCUCGGACGGAGAGCAAGCAAAACUGGGACGAAACUUGCUGGCAAAAGUACACGCUGUGGCUCAAGCAGUACCGCGACGUUGUAGUUGGCUCUCUCUAUGGACAUAUGAACAUUGAUCAUUUCCUGCUCCAAGAUGAGAAGGAACUGACUCCGGAGCUUGGUCUCGACCAAGUCCGUACACGUGGCUCCCCAGACGAGUCAAUAUCCAUCUCGUCCAAAGAAGAUUAUCUUCAAGAACUGCGGAACACGUGGACUGAUUUGCCCAAGGUGGUUACCCGUGGCUUUGAUAAUGAAGCCAAUGAGGAAGAGACGGAUCUGGGCAAGAAAAAGAAGAAGGGGAAGAAGGACAAGAAGAAGAAGAAGCUGGGUAAGAUCGGCGGCAAGUACGCUGAGCGAUACCAACUCUCCCUCAUCACGCCAAGUGUUGUGCCAAACUACUUCCCUACACUUCGCAUUUUUGAGUACAAUAUUACUGGAAUCGAAGACGUACCCGUGUGGCGAGAUGGAUACGAUCAGGCAAACCCGCCCACGGCGUUGGCACUCCCGGAGGACACCCUCGACUACGAGGACCCAGAAGAAGUCUUGAUUGAGAUUCUGAAGAAGAAGCACAAGAAGGACAAGAAGAAGGACAAGGCGCGCAGGCCACCCAAGGACCACGACCUAGCCAUUCCUCUCGACCCGCCCAAGGGUUCGACCCCUGGCCCCGCCUACUACCCUCAGCUCCUCACGUUGACCGGCUACACGCAAUACUUUGCCAACCUCACUCACAUUAACGAUGACAUUCCUGAUGUUGGCGUCGACAUUACCAAGUGGCGCAAAGGCAAGCACGACCACAAGGAACCCAAGCAUGGAAAGCCAAAUCCGCGGGAGUUUCAGUACGAAGUGGAGUACAGCACAUUUGACGACAAACAUUACAAAUUGCCCGACUUGACGGUCAAAAGCUACCUGAAACUAGCCUAUAGAAUGGGCCAGAGAGAAGGCGGAAGCAAAGGCAAAACGCUGGACGCAUACGAAGAAGAUGGCGAAUAUGCAGACAAUGAGCCCGAAUCAUCAUUCAAGAAGGGAAAAGGCGACAAGAAGAGCAAGAAGGAAAAGAACAAGACUUGGCUGCACUUUUUGAGCCAUGCCUUUGUUGGCACGGUACCCAAGGAGGAGCUGGAAAGGAUGUGA